CCCGCCCUCCUCACAGGUGAAGGGUGAGUCACCCGGGAGGCCAGUUUGGACUCUGCACCCUCGGGUGCGUUCGUUCUGCUGCCCGCGGGCUGGCUAGUCCUCCUCUGCCCCUUCAUGGAAGGGGCCAGACCCCCAUCGCCGGGCGAUGAAUUGGAGCUUUCGGUGCUCGAGGGGCAGCCGGACGAGCAGACCCCUCUCAAUGGAGCCGUAGGGACGAUCACUUCACCCGAGGAGCCCUACCCAGCCCAGGCUAACAAGGAAAGCCCUUGGAGCUCCUGUAAUAAGAAUUUGAUUGGAAGGUGCAAACUGUGGAUGGUCAUCACCUCUAUUUUCCUAGGUCUCAUUUUAGUAAUCGUCGUAAGCUUAUGUCUUAUUGGAGUAACUUACAUCGAUGAAGAUGAAAACGAAAUACUUGAAUUAUCAUCAAAUAAAACAUUCUUGGUCAGGCUAAAGAUUCCAGAAGAGUGUGUUUCUGAAGAGGAGCUGCCUCACUUGCUCACCAAAAGGCUCACAGAUGUGUACAGUUCAUCCCCAUCUCUGAGUCGUUACUUUACUUCGGUGGAAAUAGUGGACUUCAGUGGUGAAAAUGCCACGAUAACCUACCACCUGCAGUUUGGGGUUCCAUCGGAAGAUGAUGGUUUUAUGAAGUACAUGAUGAGCCAGGAGCUGGUGCUGGGCGUUUUGCUGCAGAAUUUCCACGAUCAGAACGUGUCUGGUUGUGAGACUCUGGGGCUUGAUCCAGCAUCCCUCUUGCUCUUCGAAUGGAGUGGUGGAGGCUGGUCUUCGUCUGAAAGCAGCACUCCCCUCAGUUUGGAGAUGGAGAGUAUUCAUCCCGUUCUAUGGACAAUAUCCGGUGAAUUAACGUAGGACUUGCAUUGACUAGAGGGGUGGAGAUGAUCCUGUUUCUCCUGUUUCUGCAGCUGUGAUGUCCAGUGAAACAGCGCCCAAGCGCUGCCCCGGCUGGGUCCAGUCCUGACAAAGGCAGGAAUCCAGAUGGGGCGGGGGUGAUGUGAUGGGGUGGGUGGACCUUGCAGUGUGAGGUCACUGCUGUUCCUGAAGCACUAGCUGCCUCCACCCACACGUGGGCGCUUUCUCUUUAGUGCAAGGGUGGCUUUUAGGCAGAAUUCUAACCUGUGCUGGUGGAGAGAGAAGAGGGAGAGGCAGGCAGCUUGGUGAGGGCGAACUGAGCCAAUCUCUCCCUGACCCCGCCCCCCCCACCCCACCCUUCCAUCCAUUGUAUUGGUUGUACCUCUGAGCAAGGCUGUGAGGAAAGGGAAGGCACGUUAAAGACCUAAGCGGCCUAGUGCGGCGCUACUUCCAUGACCACUAGCUGCAUCUCUCAGGCAGCCAGCCUUGGUGCAUCACCCAGUGUUACUGUGUUGUAUAUAGAUACAGAAAUAAGAUGUGUAGGGGCUGGCCCCAUGGCUGGGUGGUUAAGUUUGCGUGCUCUGCUGCAACGGCCCAGGGUUUCGCUGGUUCGAAUC